AAAUACAAAAACGUCAAACGAGCUAUAAAAAAGUAUGAAAUGCAAAUAAAUUAGUAAUGGCGUUUGGCAAAGUCACCUUCUGUGUAAUUGUUUCAAUAAUUAGUGCCUUCGUUAGUGUAAAUGGACAAAAAACUGUAAUUGAACUAAAUGAGGAUAAUUGGAGCGAAAUCCUCAAGGGAGAAUGGCUAGUGGAAUUCUAUGCCCCUUGGUGCCCUGCUUGCAAAGCUCUGGAACAGAAAUGGAAGGAAUUCGCUGAAUUGGGUCCUGGAUUAGGUAUCAAAGUUGGUGCAGUUGAUGUGACAACUUCUCCCGGAUUAAGUGGGAGAUUUAUUGUAACUGCUCUGCCAACCAUUUUCCAUGUAAUCGAUGGUAAAUUCAGGCAAUACAAAGGUGUCAGGGAUAAAGACUCCUUCAGCUCAUUCAUAGAAGACAAGAAAUGGGAGCAGGUAGAGCCAGUGCCAAACUGGAAAUCUCCCAACUCAUUUCAAAUGGGUGUCGUUUCUUCAUUCUUCAAGCUCUCUCAGUUUUUAAGGCACAUCCAUAACAAGUUGACCGAAGAAUAUGGUUUGCCGAGCUUUGUAUCUUAUCUGAUUUUUGCCGUUGCCACCAUUUUCCUAGGAGCCCUACUUGGAUUGGUUUUGGUUUGCGCUAUCGAUCUCAUCUAUCCUCCCAAAAGAACUUCGUCCAAAAGUGAACUGAAUAAAAAGAAGGAUAAAGACAGUGGUGAUGAAUUGGAUGAUGAAGAUAUCAAAGACGAUCUUGUCGAUGAUGCUGUUAAAGAGUCUGGGGAUCACAAUUCUGGUACCGACUCAGAAUCCCAAACUCCUGGAACCAACACGGGUACCAAACCGAAAAAGCGCAAAAACAGGAGAGUUGAUAUGUGAAUUUAAUCGUGCUGUAUCAAUACUAAAGCUCAUACUAAUGACUUUUUGAGGAACGAAUUUUUAGUGAAAAAUUUGUUUGGAGUAGAAUAAUGAACGUUACGUAUAUUUUUUGAGAUUGAAGAGCUUUUCCAGUUUUCUCAUACCCUGUAACUUGACUGAGAGAGAAAUUGUAUUUGGAAAGAGCCGAAUGUUGUUUGAAUGAAUAAAGAAAGUACAUCUGUUUAUUUAUUCGAGGUGCACAUAAAGGACAAUAAGUUAUUGGGCUGUUGAAAUUGUUGGUUUCACAGUAGGUUACUCUUUAUUCAUUCCAGUGUUUUUGUGAUUAUUUAAGGUCUUUAAUUGCUUGUAAAUUUUUAUAACUGUACAGAUUUCUUUCUACCGUUUUCUAUUAAAACACUUAUAAUUCAGUA